UCUGUCCUGCGGGAAACCCAGCGGCUCCUAGGCCCGGAUCUCGGCCCCGGCCACGCACUUGGGGGAAGGGGCGCUGUUCGGGCCGGGAUUGGGUCGCCUGAACACUGGGAGAGAGGCAGCCUGCCGGCCCCUCCCGCGCCUCCCGUUGGACCCCGGCUCUGCGGUAGAGAGGCGGCAUGGAAGCCGAGGACCUCCAGGAGGAGCUGACCUGCUCCAUCUGCCUGGACUAUUUCCAGGAGCCGGUGUCCAUCGAGUGCGGCCACAACUUCUGCCGCGAGUGCCUGCACCGCAGCUGGGAGUCGGGCGGCGGCCCGUUCUCCUGCCCCGAGUGCCGGCGGCCGUCCACGCGCGCCGCGCUGCGGCCCAACUGGGCGCUGGCUAGGCUGACGGAGAAGACGCGGCGCUGGCGCCUGGGCCCCGAGUCCCCGGACUUGUGCGGCCGCCACCGGGAGCCGCUGCGUCUCUUCUGCGAGAACGACCAGCGGCCCGUGUGCCUGGUGUGUAGGGAGUCCCAGGAGCACCAGGCCCACGACAUGGCGCCCAUCGACGAGGCCUUCCAGAACUACCGGGAGAAACUUCUUAAAUCUCAAUUUAUUCUUAUGGCCAAAAUGAAGAAAGCCAUGCAUUUCCAGGAGGUGGAAGUGAAGAAUGCUGCAAAGUGGAAGGAGAAGAUAAAGAAUCAGCGAAUGAGAAUCAGCACAGAGUUUUCAAAGCUGCACCACUUCCUGGCUGAAGAAGAGCAACUGUUUCUUCAGAGACUGAGCAAAGAAGAAGAAGAGACAAAGGAGAAACUGAAAGAGAACAUGUCAAGUCUCAAUCAAAUGAUCACUUCCUUGAAGAACCUCAUCUCAGAGGUGGAGGAAAAGAGCCAGGCCUCUACCCUGGAGUUACUCCAGAAUCCAAAAGAUGUGUUGACCAGGAGUGAGAACCAGGAUGUGAACUAUUCCUUUGAAGUUCUGAACGUGAGGACAGUGUGCCAGAUACCAAUGAUGAAGGAAAUUCUGAAGCGAUUCCAAGUGGCUGUUAACCUAGCUGAAGACACAGCUCAUCCUAAACUUGUCAUCUCCCAGGAAGGGAGAUAUGUGAAAAACGGAGCAUCAGCCGGUUCUUUGCCAGUAUUUUCUACAGCAUGGAACUACUUUAGUGGAUGGAGAAAUCCUCAGAAGACCACACAUGUUGUAGAGAGAUUUCAACACUUACCCUGUGUUCUGGGAAAAAACGUUUUCACUUCAGGGAAACAUUAUUGGGAAGUUGAGAACAAAGAUAACCUGGAGAUUGCUGUGGGGGUGUGUCGGGAGGAUGUCAUGGGGAUUACUGAUAGUUCAAAAAUAUCACCCCAUGUGGGAAUCUGGGCUAUUUAUUGGAGUUCAGCUGGCUAUCGGCCUCUAACAAGCCUCCCUGUAAUUCCUACCAAUCAAGAGUCACCUCUUCACCGGGUGGGGGUUUAUCUGGAUCAUGGGGCUGGGAAUGUCUCAUUCUAUAGUGCUGUGGAUGGAGUCCACCUACACACUUUUUCUUGUUCUUUCGUCUCACGCCUCCGACCAUUUUUCUGGUUGAGUCCAUUAGCAUAUUUAGUCCUCCCACCAGUGCCUGAUGGGAAGUGAGGUUAUUUUUCCCUGCCCAAGAAUCUCUCCAUAUACCCCAGCCCAGGGACAUACAUUCUUUGGCCCUCUUCUUUUGCUUUAUAUGUAUCCCGGGUAGUCCAUCAGUACUGUCCAUUCAGAUUCCAAUUUCAUGUUCUGUUCAGGUCCCUGCAUAUCCUGUGCAUACACAGAUAUGGCAGUCCUCAUUGGCUGUCUUCCUGGUAGUGAAUCCCCCAAUUCCUGCCACCUUUUCUGGGUCUUCCUAAUUGAACUGUUUGGUAUUCCCCCUGCAUGUACUUCAGAAGAGGCAGUCCCAUGUUAGCUAAUUCUGGCCAAUGGAGAUGGGAUGGGAAAUUUUCCAAGGUGCUUUUGGGGGAUGUCUUUUUAGAUUUUUAAAAGAUGUUUGGGAAGAUAUAGCCCCACUUCUGAUGUUAGCAGCUCAGGAGAACACAGGAACAGUGGAAAGGGAAAAGAAACACAAGCUUUGUUGCCAUCAUUAAACAUUGAGAUGUCUCUAAUCCCAAACUUCUUGUUAUAUGAGAUAAUUACUCCCUUAUUAUAUAAGGCAAUUUUAGUUGCAUUUGGUUACUUACAGUCUGAAUUCCCCUAAUGGGUACUACAGGCAUAUAGCAUGGACAUCCCAUGGUAUAGGCUUAUCUAAUUUUUUCUUAAAUUUGACAAAUUUAUAGAAUCCUUUUCUGUCGUCAUGCAAUGCUUGUCUUUUUUUUUUUUUUUUUUUUUCGGUGGCUGGCUGGUACAGGGAUCUGAACCCACCUCUUCUUUCUAGUAAAUACUGACAUUCCCCACUUGUCUGGACCAGAAAGUUGAGGAAAUCUUUCCUGCUCUGCCAUGCUGCUCUCCUGACUAUUUCUCUGCCCUCACCUGUUCACUGUGGUGUACAUUUGUCAGAGUCAUAUAUUGUAUGUACAGGGUUGUUAAUGGAAAUUGAACUAUUUGUACAAAUGACAAAACUGAAACCAUUAGAGUAAUUAGCUCAUUAUUGCUUAGCUGACAAAUGGGGGUAUUGGGAUUAAAAUCCAGAUUUGUCUGAGAUGAAAGCCCAUGCUCGUUUCUAUUCUUCUUUUCUUUGUAAGCAUUUAUUGAAUGCUGGUUGUGGGCCAGCAUCAUCUUUAUUUCACCUUUUUGUUUUAUGGUUUUUAUCCUGUGUGUGUUUUAUUCACUUUACAUUUCUGUUUGAGAUUGUACACAGAAUUGUGACAAUUACUGGAUAGUUACUUUUUUAAUCUGAUUUUUUCUCUUUGGUUAUAAAAGUCAUGUGCACUUAUUGUAGAGAAUUUGGAACAUGUUCCCCAUCCUAUGUCCCACUCUAUCCUUCCUUGUUUUUCUGUUCAACCUGAGCAACCCCCUCAUUCAACAAUUUCUUCUGAGUUCUUAAUUCUCCGGGAUACUUUCUGUUAUGGUUUGAAUUGUGUUCCCCAAAAAGAUAUGUUGAAGUUCUAUCUAUCUGUGAAUGUUACUUUAUUUGGAAAUAGGAUCUUUGUGAAUGUAAUCAAGUUAAGAUGAGUUUUUUGAGUGGACCCUAAUCCAGUAUGACUAGUAUCCUAAUAAGAGAGAAAUUUGUAUAUACACACAUAUGCACAUACACACACAGGAAACUGCUAUGUGAAGACACUGAGGGAAGAUGGCUACGGGAGACUGAGGCAGAGAUUGGAGUUAUGCUGCCACAAGCCAGGGAAUUCCUGAGGCUAUUACAGGUGAGAAAGGCCAGGAAGAAUCCUUCCCAGAAGCUUCAAAAGGAGCAUGGCCCUGCCAACAUCUUGAUUUCUGACCUUCAGCCUCCAAAACUAUGAGACAAUAAAUUUGUAUUUAUGUCA